UGUGCUUGAGUCACUGGAAAUUGUAUCUUGGUGAAGAAGGGCGGUUUUAAAUCACUUAAAAUGACACUUUUUCAUUUUGGAAACUGCGUUGCUUUAGCUUAUAUUCCGUACUUCAUAACCUACAAGUAUUCUGGACUGUCAGAAUACAGUGCCUUCUGGAAAUGCGUCCAAGCCGGUAUAAUCUACCUUUUCACCCAGCUAUGCAAGAUGUUGGUGCUAGCCACAUUUUUCCCAACCUCAGAUGGAGUAACGGGGAAUCUUGACGUGAUUGGGGAGUUCAUGAAGUCCACUGUUGACCUCGGUGAUCUGGCCGGCUUCUAUUUCAUCCUGACGAGUGUAACUGGCAAAGGAGAUCUGCGCUUCAUGACGGCUGGUGUUGGUUGGGCAACCGCUGAGCUGUUCGUCACCAGGGUACUCCCUCUAUGGUUCGGAGCAAGAGGAACCGAGUUUGACUGGAAGUACAUCCAGAUGAGUCUGGAAUCAAACGUCAAUUUGAUCCAGCAUUUGUCCACUGCUGUACUGGUAUGGCUUUGGAGUAGACAUGAUCUCAAUAAGUCACUCCGACCGGUCGUUAUAGUUCUACUUCUCCUUGGAUGUUAUAAACCACUUAUUGUAGAAAUUUUGAUCCAUGCAGUUGGCCUUGGAUCUUGGGUUCUUCUCCUCGCUAAGUUCUUCUUCACUUCAUGUGUUGGUCUCGUUGCUAUGCAGCUCUACGUUGGUCUCACAGCGGGGAUGGCAAACCAUUUCUCAAAAUAAAUCCGGAGUUAUUUUACUUCCACUAUGAACGUUUUUCACACGCGUUAUUUGUCCACCUUUCUUCCAGGAUAGAAUAGACCCAAGAAUACUUUGUUCUGUAAAGUUUACAGAAAAACUUGCGAUGUAUUUUAGCAUGGGCCAAGCUCGCGCAAUGACCAAUUGUUACAUGUAACUAGUGGUUGUUAGGUGACACACAUAGGGCAUGCGUACAGAAGUUCAAUUGCGAACCAUUCUAGUCAUUUGGUAGGCGGUAACACCGUGUGUGUAUCUACAUGUACUUGCCAGGUAGACUUUGUUCUUUAGAGAACUGUCUUUCUAUGUUCUUAUAUCGCGGAGUAGAUUCAUCAGAUUGUUAUGAAAAGAACUGUCCUGCUUUUUAACUACAUGAACUACCCGGGUGGAAGGUAUAUAAAACUGGCUGGGACAAACUCUACCUGGCAAGUACAUACACACAUGGUGUUACUGCAUAGUCCAAUUAUUGUUGACAAGAUAGAGUUCGGCUAACUUAGUCCAACGAUAGUUGUUUUGCAAACUUGGCAUGGAUUGCUAAAACAAAAUAUGCUUAAUUCCAUAUUACAUUGAUGGGCUAUUGGAACAUAGGGGUGUUGGAACAUUGGGCGCUUGAACCAUGGAGGAAGGAAGAGAAGGAGCUCGAACGAAGGGACU